AUGUGUGGAGGAGCUAUAAUCUCCGAUUUCAUUCCGCCGCCGAGGUCUCGCCGUGUAACCAGCGAGUUAAUCUGGCCGGAUCUGAAGAAAAACGUUAAAGGAUCGAAGAAAAUCUCGAAAAAGAGUUUCUUUGAUCUUGACGAUGAGUUCGAAGCUGAUUUUCAGAGUUUCAAAGAUGAUUCAUCGAUCGAUUGCGACGAUGAUGAUUUCGAUGAUGUCUUCUCCGAUGUGAAACCGUUUGUUUUCACUGCGACGACGAAACCCGUCGUCUCCUCCGGUGCUUCCGCCAUCGUCAACGAUUCAGGUUUAGGUAAGAAAGUUGUUGACUUUAAUGGAGAAGCUGAGAAAUCUGUAAAGAGGAAGAGGAAGAAUCAGUAUAGAGGGAUUAGGCAACGUCCUUGGGGUAAAUGGGCUGCUGAGAUUCGUGAUCCGAGUGAAGGUGCUAGAAUCUGGCUUGGAACUUUCAAAACAGCUGAAGAAGCUGCAAGAGCUUACGAUGCUGCUGCUCGUAGAAUCCGUGGCUCGAAAGCUAAGGUGAAUUUCCCCGAGGAGAACCCAACCGUCGUCUCUCAGAAACAACAUCCUGCGAGGCACACAGUGGCUAAAUCAGACCCGGCUUUGGUUCAGAACUUUGACAAUAUGUGUUUCAUGGAGGAGAAACAUCAAUUGAACAACAACAAUCAGUUUGGGUUGACGAAUACGAUUGAUGUUGGAGGUAAUGGUUUUCAUCAGUAUUUCAGCUCAGACCAAGGGAGUAAUUCGUUCGAUUGUUCUGAGUUUGGUUGGAGCGAUCAAGCUCCGGUAACUCCCGACAUCUCUUCUGCUCUAUUCGUCGAGGAAGCUAAUCCAGCUAAGAAGCUCAAGUCCAUGGAUUUCAUGACACCUUACAACAACGCCGAAUGGGACUCUUCACUUGAUUUCCUCAACGUAGACGCUGCAGCGACUCAGGGCAAUGGUGCAAACCCUAUGGAUCUAUGGAGCAUCGACGAGAUUCAUUCCAUGAUUGGAGGAGGCUUCUGA